AUGCUGCUUCCUAUUCUAAUAUGCGUCCUUCCUACUGUCUUCAUCCUUUCUCUCUUGAGAAACUACCUCUCUCUGCAGUCAAUUCGUGGUCCCCCAGCCGCUCGCCUUACAAAUCUAUACCGGCUCCUCCUCGUUUAUCAUCGGAAUCCCCAUGAAAAGCAUCUUGAGCUCCACAAGCGAUACGGAAAUCUUGUCCGUCUGGGUCCGAAUUGCGUCUCCGUUACCGGUUCGCCAAGCUACAUUCCUCAGAUUUACGGCAUUGGGAAAGGGCUGGUCAAAUCAGACUUCUACAGCUGUUUCCAGAACAUCGUCAAUGGGCGACGAGCGGCGAGCCUCGUGGCAAUGACCGACGAGACCGAGCAUGCCAAAUCGAAGCGGCUGAUUGCACAUGCGUACUCUCUCAGCACGCUGGUCGAAUACGAAGAGCUCGUCGAUCGCACCACGGAUGUCUUCUUGCACACAUUGGAGGAACGAUACGCAGCCCGCCAUUCGCAAAGUCAAGUUCUGGAUCUCGGCCGCUAUCUUCAAUUCUUUGCCUUUGACGUAAUCGGCGAACUCACUUUUAGCCGACGUCUAGGCUUCAUAGAGUCGGGUGUCGACGUGGAUGGCAUAAUCGAUGCGAUCGGAGCGAACUUCUCCUACUUCAGUGUCCUUGGCCAGAUGCCCUGGUUGGACGAGGUGGUCCUUGGGAAGAAUCCUUUGUAUGUACAAUAUUUCCGGAAAAGCGUCAGUUCGCCGAUUUUGCAAUUUGCACAAGGUCUGCUGAAGGAAAGAUUGAGGGAUCUGGAGCAGGGUGGAAUGGAAGAGGAGAAGGAGCAGAGCUUGAAUCGGCCGGAUUUCCUGAGCAGGUUUUUAAAGGUCCGAAAAGAAGAGGCCGGAGGAGAUGAUGCGCUGACAGAUGGGCAGAUCUUGUCUUAUCUAUUCAUGAACAUCAAUGCUGGUAGCGACACGAUUGCCUCGACUCUCCGGGCGAUACUUUACCACCUUUUCAAAAACCCUGUUUCGCUCUCUACGCUGAUGAACGAACUGGACUCUGCAGUGGAACAUGGCCAAAUCUCUCGUCCAUCUCCGACCUGGAGCGAAACUCAACAGAAUUUACCAUAUCUCUGUGCCGUGGUGAAGGAGGGAUUAAGGGUGAAUCCCGCCCUGUCAUUGCCACUCGAACGAAUUGUUCCGAAGGAGGGCUUGAAUUUGCGGCACGACGAUGGCAGCCAGACUUAUCUUCCACAUGGGACUGUGGUGGGAAUCAAUCCAUGGGUUUUCCAUCGAUGCCCUCGUGUUUUCGGUGCUGACGCAGAGGAAUGGAACCCGAGUCGUUGGCUAACGGAGCAGGAGAGGCAGACUAAGAGCAUGGAGCACAGUCUCCUAGCGUUUGGUGCGGGCAAGAGAUCAUGCCUGGGCAAGAAUAUCGCCAUGCUGGAGCUACACAAACUCAUUCCAGCUUUGUUCUUGAAAUUCAAAAUCGAGCUGGACGAUCCCAGGAAGGAUUGGAAAGUGAGCAAUGCAUGGGUCUUAAAUCAGACAGGCUUAGAUGUCAGGUUGUCAUUACGAUGA